UUCUUGGCGUUGAUUUUUUCCGGUAUUUUCCCGAUCAUUCUUGCAAGUGAACCUCCCAGUUGGACCUGAGCUUCUGAACCACGCGGGUCGCAGUGAUAGAACGCCUCGAAUAGCCACGUAUUACUAGUGCAAAUGAAGGCAACUUUUCACCUUAGUGGAAAAUAAAGUGCACGUGAGACCUGCGACCUUUUUUUUUUCUUUUUUUUUUUCCCGGAUUUAUAUUUUCCUACGAAGUCUCUCUUCGAUAGAACGGGUCUCCGCCUCCUCUUUGUUCUUCUGUGCAGUAAUGAUGAUUGAAAAAAUGAGUUUGACAGUGGAAGCUUCCAAACUCCUAGAUUUCAACCAGAAACUAGACAUACCCCUCCUAGAUAAUGUAAUUGGGUGUAUGUAUAAUGGUAUUGGAGAACAGCAAAGGAUAGCCCAAGAAGUUCUCACUACACUAAAAGAACAUCCAGAUGCUUGGACUCGGGUUGAUGCUAUUCUGGAGUAUUCCCAGAACCAACAGACAAAGUACUAUGCACUACAGAUCUUGGAACAAGUUAUCAAUACAAGAUGGAAGGUGCUUCCUCGCGAUCAAUGUGAAGGUAUAAAAAAAUAUAUUGUCAAUGUCAUCAUCAAAUUGUCAAGCACACCAGAGUCCCUGGAAAGGGAAAAAGUUUACUUGAAUAAACUCAACAUGAUUCUGGUUCAGAUUCUGAAGCGUGAAUGGCCCAAGAACUGGCAGUCGUUUAUCCCAGAUAUCGUCGGGGCGAGUAAAACUAACGAGUCCAUGUGCCAAAACAACAUGGUGAUCCUAAAAUUACUAUCAGAAGAGGUGUUUGACUUCUCGACUGGUCAGAUGACCCAGACUAAAGCAAAGCAUCUGAAGGAUACCAUGUGUUCAGAGUUUCAACAGGUUUUCCUUUUGUGCUUGUUUGUUAUGGAGAACUCUCAGAAUCCAACACUAGUCAGCGCGACUUUGGAGACCCUUCUCAGAUUCUUGAAUUGGAUUCCACUUGGUUAUAUCUUUGAAACCAAGCUCAUAAGCACCCUUAUAUACAAGUUUUUAGGCCUUCCGCUAUUCCGAAAUGUGACCCUAAAGUGUUUGACAGAAAUUGCUGGCGUUGCAGUACCUUCAUAUGAUGAAUCUUACAUUUUGAUGUUCUCACAGACCAUCACAAAAUUAGAAGAGAUGCUGCCACUCGACACAAAUAUUAGAGAAGCUUAUGCUAAUGGCCAAGAUGCAGAACAGCAGUUUAUACAAAACUUAGCUCUCUUUCUCUGCACUUUCCUCAAAGAGAGAGGUUCAUUGGUAGAGAGGAGACAGCUCAGUGAUGCCUUACUCAAGGCCCUUCAGUACCUGAUCUUGAUCUCUGAAGUAGAUGAUACAGAAAUCUUUAAAAUUUGUCUAGAGUACUGGAAUGCUCUAGCCUCAGACCUGUACCGAGAAUCCCCGUUCCUACCUCCCACUGGAUCUUCUCCUCUUUAUCUACCAAGACCCACCUCGAGAAGGCAGUUUUAUCAACCCAUUCUCACAAAGGUGAGAGCACUGAUGAUCAGCCGAAUGGCCAAGCCUGAAGAAGUGUUGGUGGUAGAAAAUGAGCAGGGUGAAGUUGUGAGAGAGUUCAUGCGUGACACCGACUCCAUCAACAUGUACAAGAACAUGCGUGAAACACUUGUAUAUCUCACACAUUUGGAUUAUGCGGAUACUGAACGUAUUAUGACGGAAAAACUAGGCAACCAGGUGAAUGGCAGCGAGUGGUCGUGGCGCAACCUGAACACCCUCUGUUGGGCUGUGGGCUCUAUCAGUGGUGCUAUGCCAGAAGAGGAUGAAAAGAGAUUCUUGGUUAUUGUAAUCAAAGAUCUCUUGGGUCUCUGUGAGCAAAAGAGAGGCAAAGAUAACAAAGCCAUCAUUGCUUCAAAUAUCAUGUACAUUGUAGGACAGUACCCAAGAUUCCUUCGUAUACAUUGGCGCUUCCUCAAGACUGUCAUCAACAAACUUUUUGAGUUCAUGCAUGAAACUCAUGAUGGUGUACAAGACAUGGCUUGUGAUACAUUUAUCAAAAUUGCACAAAAAUGCAGGCGUCAGUUUGUGCAAAUGCAAGUUGGGGAAGCUAUGCCAUUCAUUGAGGAAAUCUUAUCUUCCAUUAAUUCUAUUAUCUGUGACCUACAGCCUCAGCAGGUGCACACAUUCUAUGAAGCAGUGGGUUACAUGAUCAGUGCCCAGACCGACCAGGUUGUUCAAGAACACCUGAUUGAGAAAUAUAUGAUGCUACCAAACCAAGUCUGGGAUGAAAUCAUAAAUCAGGCAUCUAGGAAUGUGGACAUCUUGAAGGAUUCAGAUGUUGUUAAACAGUUGGCAAACAUUCUGAAGACCAAUGUCAGGGCAUGUAAAGCUCUAGGACAUCCAUUUGUGACACAGCUCGGGAGAAUCUAUUUGGACAUGCUGAAUGUGUACAAGGUCAUGAGUGAAAACAUUAGUGCAGCUAUUGCCCUCAAUGGGGAAGGGGUCACAAAACAGCCCCUCAUUAAGUCCAUGCGGGUUGUGAAGAAGGAGACCCUCAAGCUCAUUUCUGGCUGGGUGUCCCGGUCUGAGGAUCACACGCUGGUGUUGGAUAACUUUAUUCCUCCGCUGCUGGAGGCCGUUCUCCUCGAUUACCAGCGAACGGGAGUGCCGUCUGCUCGAGAACCUGAAGUUUUGUCAACUAUGGCAACAAUAGUCAAUAAAUUGGAGUCACACAUCACACUCCAAGUUCCUCAGAUCUUUGAUGCCGUCUUCGAGUGUACAUUAUCAAUGAUCAACAAAGAUUUUGAGGAGUUCCCCGAGCACAGAACAAACUUCUUCCUUCUCUUACAGGCAGUAAAUACGCAUUGUUUCACUGCACUCCUCAACAUACCCCCAGCACAGUUCAAACUAGUGUUGGACUCCAUAAUAUGGGCAUUCAAACACACAAUGAGAAAUGUUGCCGACACAGGCUUACAGAUUCUUUACCAGCUGCUGCAGAAUAUUUCGACCCACGAACGGGCGGCAAGCAGUUUCUACCAGACUUAUUAUACAGACAUUUUGCAGCAUAUUUUCUCAGUUGUCACGGAUUCUUCUCACACAGCUGGGCUUACUAUGCAUGCAUCAAUCUUAGCCUACAUGUUCACCCUGGUUGAACAAAAUCGCAUCACUAUAAGUUUGGACCAAGCAAACCCCACAGCCCCAAGCACCAAUAAUGUAACGUAUGUGCAGGGCUUUGUCGCCAACCUCCUGAAGGCGGCCUUCCCUCACCUCACGGAGAAUCAAAUCAAGAUUACUGUGCAAGGAAUGAAUGACCUGAAUCAAGAUGUUCCUGCUUUUAAGGAGCACUUGAGAGAUUUCCUUGUACAGAUCAGAGAGGUAACUGGUGAUGAUGACAGUGAUCUGUACCUAGAGGAGAGAGAAGCAGCUCUACGGCAAGCACAGGAGGAGAAGCGUCGUGUGCAAAUGAAUGUGCCUGGCAUCUUGAAUCCCCAUGAGAUCCCUGAAGAGAUGCAAGAUUAAAAACCACAGUAAGAGACAGCUCACAAUCAUCACUGUCCAUUUAUAUAUCAAGCGACUAUGUGAGACUUCAUAAAGUAGACUUCGCUGUACUGUUGUUUCCAUCUCAUAAAUGUCCGAAGUUCAUAUAUUAUUAUAUAUCUGGAGAUCUGCAUACUUUUUCUGAAGUGUGUCAUCCAGAUGAGAGUUAACUGCAGCAACUACAUGAAAUUUUUUCAGAUUGUAGCAAAUUAAGUAGUAGUCUGGGCAAAGCUGUGAAUUUAUGAUCGUAUUCAUAAUAAGCAAGCUAUCCUAACUUUGUUUCUAGUGAACAUACGAGCUGUUCCAUACUGGAAUAUUUUUUUUCCAAACCCUCCUGGAAAAUAUUUAUUGAAGAUGAGUUCAUUUGUAUUGUGUGGUUGUCUGAUGGUUGACUUAUACUUUUUGCAGAAAAUGGCAUUGUAUUUGGUAACAGAAGAGCAUAUGGUGUGAGUGAUAGUUUUUUUUUUAUGUUUACAGCAUUGGGUCCUAUAAUACAGGCAAAAAGUUCCUGACAGUCAUGGUUUAAAAGAGAAAUGCUCUCUUCACUUACAUUUUUAACAACAGGUGGAACUAUGCAAGUACUCUACAGUAUUUUGUUCCAUUAUGAAGUAGCAUGAAAGCAGAAAAUGCCUUCUGUUACAUCUUUGAGGCAGAAAGGAUUAGAGAGACAAUAUCUGUUCUGUCAUCUUGUUGUAAUAAAAUAAUGCCUUUGCUUUUGCUUGUGCAUGCAUUGAUCCCCCUUAUAAUCAUCCCUCUGUAAGCACAAACUACCCUGUAUGUUAAAUUGUUAUAAGUCUGUAUGAUGCACAGUAAAAAUAGUACUAUUUGUUAAAAGUAAAAGACAAGGCAAGGAGUCCUUCAGAGAAUGAUGAUUUAUUCUAAUAACAGAACUAUUCUUUUUUCUUUGUCGUUAAUGAGAUAAUGUAACAAAACUGUGGAGGAAGAUACAAAUUUACUAAGUGUUUAUUAAAAUGAUCAAAAGAGAUGUACAUUUGAUAGGCAUUACUAAAAGAUGAUCCAUUUAGGGCCCUAACAGACUUGCUACUACUGUUUCUAGCUUUGUGUUGAUUUCUGGAACUUGUUACUAUUAUUAUUAAUUUGUAGUUUUGGAUUGCACUAUCCGCUGUUUUAUUAUUUGGUUGUGAGAGAACAUUUCUCUUUUGUUUUUUCGGCAUAUUGUCAUCAGUCGGUCAUUCAUGAGAGAUUCAUCACAAUGAGAGACUUCAGAUCUUUGCUUUGUUAAGAUAGUCUAGGGUUAGAAUUCCAUUAUUUUGAAGUACAAUUUGGCCUUUAGACUCCUAAGAACCAUUGUUUUGUCUCUUGUUUUGAAGGCGAUUUGAAAGCAAAGGGUUUGCAGUAUGAAAAAAUGUGUACCCUUAAUAGAAGAAACUUGCAGGAACUUUCUAAAUCUCUGUUCUGUCUGCUGCUGUAUUAUUACCGUGACUAGAAACAUGGUAUGCUUCUAACUGUAUGAAUUGAUCUUAAGGUUUGAAGGAGUUGCAACAUUGAGAUAUUAUUAUUUAUUAUUAUUAUUAUUAUUAUUAUUAUUUUUUUUAAUUAUUAUUUUAUUAUUAUUAUUAUUAUUUUAUUAUUAUUUUAUUAUUAUUUUAUUAAUAUUAUUAAUUAAUUAAUUUUUAUUAAUAUAUAUAUACUUUUUUCUUUUCUUUUUUCAUAUUCUCAUGAUUGAAGCAGCUCCUGUGUGACCAAAGUCUACAUUUUAUGAAUGUGUGUAAUGUUUCUAGUUUUAAAGGCAUGUAUCAUUUUUUGUUAUGGGUGUUAUGCAAGUGAUGUCCUACAUAAGAUUUCAAAAUGGCAAACAGAAUAAGAGAAUGUUGUUGGGGGAAUGUUGCCGUAGUAAAAUGCCAAUUAGAAUUUCUCUUUCUUUCUGUUUCCCUCCUCUCUCUUGCUUUCAUUUCAUCUUCUCAUGUCAGCAGGAAUAUCUCGGAAAAAAAGAAGAUACAUGUGUUUCUGAUGUAUGUAGAUUGCAUAGAGAAGAAAGCAUUUUUGAUAGUGACACCAGUGAUUGGGUAGAGAGAAUGCAUGUUUGGUAUGGAUGUGUAUAUGGAUGGAGGUGGUUGCGUGGGGUAACUCGCGUACAAAAAUUUGGUACACCAUUUCAUUAGUAUUCCACAACAUGGCAUUAACAGUGUACAGUAUUAGUUAUCACUUAUUAAAAAUCAUUCCAUACAUUAUUUUCAUUGAAAAUUUAUGUCUAAAGAGGUAUGUGAAUGUGUAUCUUGUUAA